CCAAAAUUGUACAAUCUCCUUGUCGCGCACAUCCCCCGCCGUCGUAUAUAAACGCCACUUGCUCGAUCCCACAAAAGCAGAAAUACACAAAUACAGAGCACCUCUUCUAUCCGAAUUCCAGCCAUGAAAUAUCACUUCUCACCGGCGCUUUCAAUGAAUGACUUCGGCGCUACCUCGAGCGACGCCUCAUCCAUUUCCAGCUGCGGCGGCAGCAACGAUUACGCCGCCGUUGUGUCGGCGGCGCACAUGGUGUCGGAGAAUGCGAUCAUGGUGUUCGGCCGGCGCGGUUGCUGCAUGUGCUACGUCUUGCAGCGUUUGCUCUUAGGCCUCGGCGUGAAUCCCGCCAUUUACGACGUCGAUGAGGAGGACGAGGUCUCCGUCACCGACCAGCUUUCUGGUGUUAUCAGCUGCACGGAAGAUAAUUCCGCCCAGCUGCCGCUGUUUCCGGCAGUUUUCAUCGGCGGGAAGCUUUUUGGUGGCUUGGAUGACGUUAUGGCGGCUCAUAUCUCCGGCGAUUUGGUGCCUCUGCUUAUAAAGGCGGGUGCCCUCUGGCUUUGACUCACACCAUCCGUUUUUUCAUUUGAAAAAACGACACAUAUGAUACCAAUUGGGGGAGGCUAGAGAGGGGGCUGAGGAGCCACACAGGGUAUGGGGCUGGGCAGGCUGGCUGCCUGAGUGGGGUUGCGGCAGGCUGAUUAUUGACUGGUAGUGGCCGCCAGGGGUUACUAUAUUGGAUUGGGUAACCAUAACUAUAACUGUGGCUAGUCGAAUAACCCUAACUUCUUAAAUCAUGUAACUGAGCUUGUAUUUAAUUUUCUCAUGUCGUUUCAUACAUAGCCCCUUUUUAAAUCAUUUGCAAGUUGUUUAUAAUUGCAAAUUUCUCCUUUUUCUUUGGUAUAAGAGCAUUUCCAAUGUUAUAAUGUGCACGGUGCACAUGUGCCAUGAGUGAUAGGCUGAUAGCCACAUAAAUAUUAGCAUAUAAAUUAUUUAUCUCCUCAUUUGAAUGAUUUUAUACAAUUUUGGUAAGUUUUUCCGUGCAAUGUCAACAACAAUGUCAACAUUUAGACGGUCUCCUUGACAUUGUGGAGAAUAACUUACCAAAAAUGUAUAAAAUCAUUCAAAUAAGGAGAGAAAGAAUUUAUUUACUAAUAUUUAUGUGGAUAUUUCUCAUGCCACGUGUGCACCGUGCACAUUUUACCAUUGGAGAUGCUCACGAGUGUCAAUGUAGGGCGGACCGUAGUAGAAAUUCAGGGGUUAUCGCCCCCCAACAAUUUUUUUGUGUGUGUAUACAUAUACAAAAAAUAAUUUUCGCCCUCUCAAAAAGUAUUUUGUUUAAAUUACCGUCCUUCCAAGAUGAAUUUCCUGGAUCUGCCCAUGUGUAAAUGUAACCUACUAAUUAAUCACUUGUUUUAUGUAUUGAGUAUUAUGGAGUAAAAUAUUAAUCCGUAUGAUUCUA